AUGGUACUCUCUGAGACAAGGAGGCCUGGCAGUGGCGAGACCAUUAGCAAGGCUUUUACUUACUAUUGGUCCGGCAUGAACAAUGGUCAACAUAUCAAGGGGGUAGCCAUAGGUGGCUUUAGGAGACUGCAGCCGUCCGUUGUAGAGGUUACUCCAGCUGAUGAGCAUAUAAUGCCACUAUGGAUGAAGUACAGUGUAGGUUCCAUGUCUGUGGUUGCAGUAUACGCUCCUAUCACGUUGUGUGAAACUGAAGAGAAGGAGACGUUCUACACCAAACUCGACUCUGUAUUGGACUAUUGUCCCUGUCGUGAUUCACUUACUCUCUUGGGUGACUUUAUUGCUGUCACUGGCACUAAGAGAGCCGGCUACGAGUUAUGUGUUGGUCCCCAUGACUCUGGUACAAGAAACGACAACAGCUCUUUCUUUCCGAAUCUUGCAAGAUCCAGAAAGUUGAGAACUGCAGGUUCUUAG